AUGGGGAUCAAACAUGCCUUCAAGUGGGCGGCGUUCCGAUUCACUUCUACCAUCCUCGAUGAUAUUCAACAUCAAGUCAUCUUCUUUACGCUCUUUGCAGUUAUGGUCUGCGCCGUCAGUGAAAAGACCGGUACCAACCUGGGUAUCAACAACGUGAUGAUCUCCGUCCUCGGCACUGUCGUCUCUUUGACCGUCUCGUUCAAGACCAACUCGGCCUACAAUCGGUGGUGGGAAGGACGGAAUAUCUGGGCGACCUUGACUUCGAACAGCCGACACAUGGCCAUGCUGAUGUGGAUGCAUGUUCCCAACAGCAAGCCCCCAGCGAAGGACGAUCCAAAGGACAAACCCUCCAAAAAGAAGCACAAGAAUAACUCGAAAUCCAAAUCCAAAUCGAGGUCCAAAACCCCCUCCGCCUCCGCCACCGCCCAUACCGACCCCCCAUCCCACUCCCGGCGCUCGUCCCGCCACUCGUUCCGAGCGACAGUACAUGAAGAGCCCGAAGCGACCGAGACAUUACUGCAUGGGUACGGUAUCACCGAGCCACCUUUGCGGGAGGCUAUCAAGUUCGAGGAUUCUUAUGCCGGAAACGAGAAGGUGGGGGAGGGGUCUGGGUCAGGCGGUGCGGCGGUCUACCCCGCUGGGCUGGACAAGAGACCUAUUGGGGCGGGAUACGCGGGGAGUACGCGGACGACCAAUACGGUCGCGAGUAAUGCUACGGGUCUGGAUAUUGGGGAGGGAGAGAAGGAUGGGGGAAAGGAGAAGGAGAGGCGUGGGAAGGAGGAGAAGGGGGCGUGUAAGGGCGUAGACAAGGUGCUGAGUAAGGAGGAGGAGGUCAAGAUGCGGGCGCAGAUCGCGGGGAUGGUUGAGAAGAAGACAUACAUUGGCUUGGUCCAAGCUUUCGGCGUGGCUAUGAAGCAUGCUCUCAGGGGCGAGACCGGCCCGUUCUAUACCGACCUCUACCACCUGAUUGCCUUCCUUCCCAAAUACAACAUGUCCGUUGUGCCCCCUGUCAACCGAGACCACCUCUUUGUCGGGUGGAACAACGGCAUCCCCCGCCAGAAAGCCGACUACGACGACGACUCCAUCGCUGUCCCCCUUACCAACCCCGCCCCUUUCACCGGCUACGCCUUCGAGAUGCCUCCCGCCGAUUCCGACUCGGACGCGCCGCCCAUCGACGAGGAAAAGACUGCGUCUACCAACUUUACAACGACAUCCUAUCAGUUCAGGGACCAGGCGCUCAAUUCGGCUACCGCGUAUAUCCGUACCGAGGGCGAGAGUCGGCGUCAUUGUUUCGCGCGGCUGGACAAGAAACACCGGGUGGUCAGGCGGAGUGAAGAUAGGAAGGGGGAUAAGGUGCCGAUCACGACGGUGGAGUUGAUGCCGCCCCGUCAUCCCCCGCCGGCGCGGUACUAUGAUCUGUUUCCGCCGUUGAGGAUCGUCAAGCUGGUGACGGAUUGGGUGAGGCGGAGGGACUUGGUCAUGAAGCAGGAUAGGGUCCGGGGCGGGAAGCGAAAGAGGAACGGUGUGCACUCGGAGAUUCCGCAAGAGAUCAUCAUGUACCUCUCAGCCUACAUUGACGACCUCGUCCGCCGAGAAAUGAUCAACACCUCGUACAUCGGUCUCUUUAUGAACGGCAUCCUCGAAUUCCAAAAAGCCCUCACCGACCUCGAAAAAAUAGCAACGACGCCCAUCCCCUCGGCCUACUCGUUCCACCUCCGCCUGACCGUCUGGGCGUACCUCCUGUUUUUGCCGUUCCAGAUCUACCCGCUGUUGAAGUGGGUGACGGUCCCGGCGGUUACGGUGGCGGCUUUGACGUUCUUGGGGUAUUUGGAGAUUGGGGAGCAGAUUGAGAUGCCUUUUGCGUAUGAUCAGAGUGAUCUGGACCUCGACAAGUUUACGCUCAAGAUCGCUCAUCAGCUAGCUGAAGUCACCGCUUUCCCCUGCGAUGUCCCCUCGUCCCAAAUCAUCCUUUCACAUCUCAACCAGCCCUUCUACCCUACCCUCCAGCACUCGGCACCCGAGCUCGUCGGCGUUGGCGAAACCAAACCCGCUCCGAACCCGAUGGGAUUCUCGGCCGCCUUUGAGGCGUGUAAAGAGAAGGAUGUGCCGGAUUUGAGUCUGCCCAGUGCGGCUUCGAAGAAGGCUCGGGUGAAGCGGGCGAAGCAGAAGGAAGAGAGGAGGAAGGAAAGGAGGAGGCGGUCCCGCUCUCGUUGUCAUUCCUCGUCCGAAUCAAGCUCGGCAGACUCGUCCUCGGACAUGGAGUCCCACUCGGACGGCGAGACCGGUUCCGACUCGGGCUCGGACUCGGGCUCGGAUUCGGAGAUUGAUAUGGAGAAGGAAGCGGAGAUUCUCCUGAAGGACAACAAGCAUCUCAAGGCGCUUCCGAAGUCUAUCCGAGAUCUAGAACUCGCGCUUACUGCGAAUUGGCGCACGAUCUCGACCGAGACGGAGAGCUUUAUUGGGAAACCGAGGGAACAGCUGGAGAAUCGCUCGGGGGUCGAGGUGGCUGUGAUGACGCUGUAG